AUGGAGAAUCUUGUUAACGUCAUUUUCUUACAACCAUUCAAAAUUUCUAACGGGACUACAUCAGAGAAUACAAUAAUGAGCAGGAAAAUGUCAAUAAGCUCUCCGAGCCUACUAAAAUCUUCUAGUGGGUACAUUUCUCCUGAACCGAAUUUUGUUUUCUCUGAAGAGUUUUCUCAUAGAAUUCUAUCAUUGCUGAGAAAAGCUAAUGAAACUGAUCCAAUUAAUCUUGUUUUAUCAGAUUUUUCAUUUAAUUUUGUAUAUGAACAAUGCUGCAAGAAACUUACAAUCCAAAAACCAACUACUGCACAAUAUUUAGACUUAAUGUACACAGAUAAUUUAAUACAAAUCGCUCAGUUGGUAAUGUGGAUUUCAUUAUAUGAUACAAUCAAUGAAAACAUCCUUCAGAACGAUAUCAGAUUAAUACAUCAAAGGCUUUAUGAUCGAUUAUCACUUGCUUUUUAUUCUUUAAGCAAACAGUUACAAGAAGUAUCAUCCAUGGCAAAUCAACGUCUGAUUGACUAUUGGUCAUCAGCCAUAUGCGCUACUAUAUUACAACUUACUGUUUCUGAGUUUAAAGGAUCUGAAACAGAUAAUAACUACGAGUUUGUUGAAACAAUAGAGCGAGGCGUUAGAAAAAUGCUCCUCGGCUUCCCUCCUGCUAAUAUAUUAGUAUUUCACGAAUCAGUUCUCGCAUUAAUUUCCUUAAAAGCACAAAAAUUAGUUCCAAAGACCUUUACACCAUCAGCUAACCUUAGUUUAUUUGAUACUGGCAACACUACUACUACAGAAUUGAUCGGAGCAAUGACAAUCGAAAACCAUUACGAGACAGUUCAUCGAAGAUCCCAAGAAGUUGUCUUUAAAUCAAACUCUGGUAAUGCGUUAAUUCAAAAUGCAAUGCGGUUAACAGGCAUGAAAGAACCUGUAGAAGCAAAAGGUCUGACAUUUCGAAAAGGAACGACAGAAGUUAGUAACAUGGUAAUGAAAAAAUGCAGUGCUAUAAUGGAUGCAAGUCUUGCACGUGUUUCGGAACACGCUGACGAUAGAGAUUUACAUUUAUUAGAAAUAUGCGAUAGCGAAAGAGCCUGUAACAAAAAACUAAGAGACGCUAAACUCAAAUCUCUUGGUGUUACAUUUGAAAACUUUGGUUAUAAUCCAAUGUACGGUAGACUUGUUCUUGGAGGACUCCCUCCGCCAGCUGAUUUGCAAGGAAGUGCUAAAAUGUCAUGGAGAGCUCAGACAAAAGUAGUUAGAAAACCUAAACCAGAAAAAACUAUAAAUGAAAUUAUAUCUACAAUUAAAGAAGCUCAUCCUGUGAUUCUCCGUACUGGAAUUGCAUAA